AUGCAUCAACUAGAUGAUACUGAAGAUAAAGAACAUGAAGUCCAAGAUACGGAAGAUAAAGAAAUCCAAGUAGAAGAGAAAGAAAAGUUAGAAUGUGAAGAAGAGGAAGAGGUAGAAGAUAAUGAACAAUUUGUGAUAAAGAACAGAAAGAAAAAAGGGAAAAACCAAGUUUUGUUAGAAAGCAGUGAAGAAUCAGAAGAG